UUUGGCACGCUGAGCGCAGCCGCAUUUGAAACCGUAGAACGUGAAUGAGCACCUCUCCCUGAACUGAGCUAGCCGGACAUGAAAUUGUAACUUUAAGUCUAGUUUAUCACCAUGAAAGUAAAUGAAAACACUUUACUGGAAGGACACAAAGUCGUGUUGGUUCCUUACAACGAGGAGCACGUGCCCAGAUAUCACGAGUGGAUGAAGUCUCCUGAGCUGCAGCAGCUGACUGCCUCAGAGCCGCUGAGCCUGGAUCAGGAGUACGACAUGCAGAAGAGCUGGAAGGAAGAUGAUGACAAGUGCACAUUCAUCAUCUUGGACAAGCAGAGGUGGGCGGACCCCAGUGUUGACGAGGAGCAAUGCAUGCUGGGAGAUGUCAACAUCUUCCUGACUGACCCCACUGACCUGUCCUUAGCUGAGCUGGAGGUCAUGAUAGCAGAGCCGAGCUACAGAGGAAAAGGCAUCGGGAAAGAAGUGACGCUCAUGAUGAUGCACUACGGAAUCACCAAACUCGGGGUCAAAAGGUUUGAAGCUAAAAUAGGUCUGGACAACCAGGUCAGCAUCGCCAUGUUCAAAAAACUGCACUUCCAGCAGGUGUCCGUGUGUAACGUGUUCAAAGAGGUGACCCUUGAGCUAACGGUGGAUGAGUCCAUUCAGAAGAAGCUGCAGGACGAUGUGGCCUACAUGAAAGAACGAGACUUCAGACUGGCACGCAGCAACAGACAUGAGUUUAUCUGAUAAAAAGUCUCUGUUCUGAGCUCCUCAUUCCCUCCUAAAGACUUUGGGUUGAGGAACAGUUUAUUCUGCACUUAAAAAAAGGCUGAAUGUGGCAAAUUUGGAUCAAGAAUUCAUUACCUCCAUCUGGUAUCGAAAACAAGAACAAAAGAUUAUUUUUAGGUGUUAAAAAGUGCACACUUCCUCUCUUCCUCCUCUCAAUGAAAAUGGUUUAUUUAUGAGGGACUAAAAAACAUUCAUGUCCUCUCUGUGUUUACAGAUUAGUCUUUUAACCUUUGUCAGACGUAAACAUUUGUUUUCUGUGCUUCUGCUUUUCCAGCUUUUUGCUGUAGGAAACAAAACUUCGGACAGACCAACGCCGACAGUUUUUUCCUGCCAUAAUUGACGUUUUAAGGUCUCGUGUUUCAACCAUCCAAUGACCUCACUCACAGUAAUGCUUUUGGAAUCGAGGAGAAUUAGGAAAUGCUUCUCGUCCAUCACGCUAACCGAUUUAUUUACACUUUCUGUCCAUUUGCUCUGGGGAGCUCAGCUGUUGGGAGCUUCAGAUGAAAUCGAAGCAAAUCUCAACAUAACAUCUAAGGUUUUCUUCCAAACAAUAUAUAUAAUUAUAAAUCACAAUAUUAUCAAAAUAUAUUGAUAUUAAUCGUUGAUAUAAAGAGCUCAGAAUGGAAAAUGUUAUAGAAAGCACAUUUAAUGGUGACACAUCACUAUAAAGCUUAAUUUAUGUUAUGAAUUAUUUGACAGAAAUUCUAAAUACCAUUUUUUAAAUUAAAUAUGAAUAUUUUCACUUUUUUUAUCUGUCUCACUUUUAACAGUUCUGACAUAUUUAAGCUCCGUAGUUUUAACCUUUCAGACAUUUGAACAAACAAAAGCUUUUUAUUGCAAACAUGUUUACCGUUGUUACAAAACACCUAUUUUUUGCAGUGCAGCCAGUUAACCCUCUGGAGGCAGGCGUUGCAGAUUAGCAACGUUAAAACCUACCUACCUGGUUACUCCACCUACGUAUUUCAUGAACACUUUUUAACUCAGAAGUACCCCUGAAGGACUUAGUUGUUCGUCCUUUUAUCAAAACUUAUUUUGAGCCUGAGAGGGUUAAGGGUGCAUGUUCAGCAGGAACACCAUCCAUCUUCUGAACCCGCUCUGUCCACACAGGCUCAAUGGGCAAUCAGGCGGGGUACACCCUGGACAGGUUGCCGUCCAUCGCAGGGCUAGCAGGAACACGUUGAAUAAAAAAAACAAAGCUUCCACUGUUAUGAGUACCUCAGAGGCGGACCACUCAUCCAACGUGAACUAAUGGUUUUUAGUCACAGAAGAUUCAGAUCCUAGAGAAAAGUUGGAAAAAUGUUUCAUCUCUCCACGACCAACCCAACGAAACCAUUCUUGAACAUUUUCUGCAGCUGGGUUUUAUUUAGCAUUUUCUGUGUUGGAUGUUUUAGAUUGGUGUUGACAUUUGUGUUUGUAGUUUAUUGGUAAUUUAGUUUGAAUGGAAAUUUAACAGCUUAAUUCCAAGGUUUUCACUCCUCUUUGUUGAGAGGAAAACUGGUGAAUAAAAAGGCUUCAAACCUGCAGCAGCAAUAACUGGGAUUGUUUGUAAUUAUCAAAAAUAUCAGAGUACGCAUCUCACUUAACCGAGCUAAUGCAAGAUUCAGACUUCUGAAGCUGGAUGUGGGACCUCACCCUGAUUUAUUGGUUGCAGAUUUUGUCACGAUCAACAAACAUUUAAUUUCAACCUGCCUGUUAGAAUUAUUCAUGAGAAACCAUUUUUAAGAGUUGGUGAUACAAAUAUAAAGCUAAAGCUGUAUCUGUUAUUUAAACUGUGAACAUAAAAACUUCUUCCUGGUUUACAAAUAAAAUUGAAACCGUUCCUAAAUUAAAUUUGCAUCUUUGGCAAAA